AUGACUGUUCCAGGGCCGGAUUAUGAGCAUGAGCUGCCCCCAGGGAGAGAUGCACCUGAUCGCCUCGAACAGAGCGCGUACGGGUCCUCCCGAUCACCGACACCACAGCUUCAUACCGCCGAACUGGCACAGGUUCUCCCGCCCCUGACCGUGCUGCAGAAGCCGAGUAUGUCGACGAGUUCUCGACGGAGCGGAACACCCUCUCUGCAUCCAACGUCAGAGUUGGAGGAGGAAGACAAUCCGUAUAUGAUGACGAAAAGCCUGGCGCGAAGAGCAACCCUCCUGGGCUGGUUCGAUCAUUCCAAUUCCAAUCUGGCAGAGGAUCCCUCCUCAGUGUGCGUGGCCAUCAAACUCCCAGACGACGGGUAUACCUUCCAUCCUGCCGUGAUCGAUCCCAGCCUCGCAAACGCUAUCAAAAGAUUAGACGAAACGGCCGUCGUCGCGCUGUCAUCUCGCGUCACCGCCCGGACAAUCGCGACGAUCGCCCCGGGCCAGAAGAGCUUCGUCGUAGAGAGCACGAGCGCGCGUAUCCCAGUCAUCCCCACCCUCGACGACGUGGACGUAAAUCUGACCCACUACUCCCGUGCAUGCAUCGUCCUGGACGAGAAGAUCGUUCUAGUCUGGUCGCACGAUGCGACUGGGUUGCUUAACGUAGCGCAUGAUGUGGAGGUGCAGCUCGGCGGACAGAGCCCUAGGAUAUCGAAUUUCACCACCCCAAGGGUAUCCGGCCGGUCAACACCCCUCGGAUCCCUCCCGUCAGACGAGCUGCAGAAACCGGCCAUCGCGUCCCCUCUCGUGCGUGGUGCGCUGGACGAGAAACAGGAUAUAUACAGCAAGGCAGUGGCGCUGGAAGAGGGUGAGGAAGAAGACGCCCCAGACCUGGAGCAGAAUGUUGCGCCGAGGCCGGCGCUGCGGAUGCAUUCGAUCAAGAUCAGUCUGGCGAUUAUGCUGGUUAUCUUGACGCAGGCGCUGGGUGUGGCAAGGCUGCUGAAUGAGUACAUGUGGGAUGGAGGAUAUACGCGAUUUGCGCUGGUUGUCACCAUUCCGCCGCUCGCUAUGUUCUCGCUGUUCUUCUUCAUCGUGUUGGUCACCAGCUUCUUCCAGCUCUUCCUCCCCGCGGGAUUCUGUCUGAAGAACUCCAAGUAUCACUCUGCCGUCAAGCCCAAUCCAAAAGCUCAUCGGGACUACGAACUGCCCCAUAUCACAAUCCAGAUGCCUGUCUACAAGGAAGGCCUGAAAGGCGUCAUCGUUCCCACUAUGAUGAGCGUCCUCGCCGCAGUCCAAUACUACGAGGAACAAGGCGGGACCGCUUCCGUCUUCGUCAACGACGACGGCAUGCAAGUGAUCCAGCCUGAACUAGCCGAAGCGAGAAAGCAGUACUACCGCGAAAAUGGGAUCGCGUAUACUGCCCGGCCUCCCAACAAGAAAACAGCAGUCAAGAAGAGUGGCUGGGCCUCUGGGGUCUUUCGGAAGGGCAAGUCCGCGCCAGCCAUAGAAGAAAACUCUCAAGGGGGAGAAGAGGGCAGUCCUCCAACGCCGCAGGAACUGGCGAAUAAGAUCGGGUUCGAGCGCAAGGGUAAGUUCAAGAAGGCGAGUAAUAUGAACUACGGACUCGAGUUCUCGAUUCGCGUUGAGGAUGAACUGGCUCGUCUGUUGCAAGCGGAGGCCGAGCGACUGGGAUGUACGGUUGACGAGUUGACGGUGGACGACGAUGAGCGACUCUAUCAACAGGCGCUGGAUAAUACACUGGCUGCUGAUGAGGGCCGUACUUGGGCCGAAGGGAACAUUCGUAUCGGGGAGUUGAUCUUACUGAUCGACUGUGAUACUCGCGUGCCGGUGGACUGCCUUCUCUACGGCGCCCUGGAAAUGCACGAGAGCCCUGAAGUGGCCAUUCUCCAGCACGGAUCUGGCGUUAUGCAGGUUGUCCAUAAUCUGUUCGAGGAUGGCAUUACAUACUUUACCAACGUCGUUUACACAGCCAUCAAAUACGGCGUCGGGUCCGGCGACGUGUCUCCGUUUGUCGGCCACAAUGCAUUUCUCCGCUGGAAAGCAAUGCAAAGCAUCCAGUUCGUCGAUCCAUCCGACGGGCUGACAAAGUGGUGGUCCGACGCACAUGUCUCGGAGGACUUUGAUAUCAGUCUGCGGCUGCAGAUGCACGGGAUGGUGGUGCGGCUGGCGACGUAUCACAACGGGGAGUUCAAGGAAGGCGUGUCGCUGACGCUGUACGAUGAGUUGACGCGGUGGGAGAAGUACGCCUAUGGAUGUAACGAGCUGGUGUUCCAUCCUUUCUACCAAUGGUUCUACAAGGGACCGGUGACCCGGCUAUUCUUGCGGUUCCUCUGGAGCAACAUGCCGGUUACGUCCAAGGUGACCAUCGUGGCGUACAUCUUCACCUACUACGCCAUCGGCUCGGGCAUGCUCCUCGCCACGGUAAACUACAUCCUCCUCGGCCUCUUCGACUCGGACAUCGACCACCUGUACCUCCCCUCCUGGGGUAUCUGGUGCUCUCUCGUCGUCGUCUUCAACGGGUUCUCCUCCAUCGCCUUUAGCAUGGUCCGCCACCAGCUCAGAGAGGAGACAUUCUGGCGCGCCCUCCUCGACGCCGUCAAAUGGCUCCCCUUCCUGAUUAUCUACUUUGGCGGGAUUAGCCUGAACUGUGCCAAGGCCAUUCUGUGCCAUGCAUUCAGCAUCAAUCUCGAAUGGGCGUCGACAGCCAAGGAGAUGGGGCCGACGGGCUUCUACAUCGGGAUGGACAAGAUGGUCAGGCGAUUCAAGUGGACGUGGGCGAUUUGUUUGGUUCUCGCGGGAGUGAUGAUUUACUUUGCGGUUGGGGCCCCUUGGGGAUGGACGAUUACGCCGGGCCCUUAUUCGACCGCGAAUGUGGCAAUUGCGCCGUUGGCUAUCCAGAUUUGCUCGUCCAGUUUUCUUCCGUUCUUUUUGGGAUUGAAUUGA